GGGGUGAGGGAAGCAAGUUAGACUGCGGCCGUGUGGCGGCGGUGCGGCCCCCAAAAUUAAUUGCCCAAGUAUCACGUACCGCUGCUUGAAGAUUCACUGGAGUAACUGCCGAGACUCUCCUUUAUUAACCAGAAGACAGCCCAUUUGUUACUACUCUUUUCGUUUUCCCUGCUUUGAGCUUUACUUGUAAACGGCUGAAAAACUUGGAAAAAUAAAAUGAGCAUGUCAUGAACAUAAUUUUUUUUUUUUUGAGGAAAAGUUAAAGUGGCAAAGUGAAAGCCAGAAUGGCAUCCAGAGAGAGACUCUUUGAACUUUGGAUGCUUUAUUGUACAAAGAAAGAUCCUGAUUACCUGAAGUUAUGGUUGGACAGUUUUGUUUCUAGUUAUGAACAAUUCUUAGAUGUUGACUUUGAAAAGCUGCCUACCAGGGUAGAUGAUGUGCCUCCUGGAAUAUCUCUGCUUCCUGAUAAUAUCCUGCAGGUUCUGAGGAUCCAGCUGCUACAGUGUGUUCAGAAAAUGGCAGAUGGAUUAGAGGAACAACAACAAGCCUUGUCAAUUUUGCUUGUCAAGUUCUUCAUUAUUCUUUGCAGAAAUCUAUCUAACGUGGAAGAAAUUGGGACUUGCUCAUAUAUCAAUCAUGUUAUUACCAUGACAACACUCUAUAUUCAGCAAUUAAAAAGCAAACAAAAAGAGAAGGAAAUGGCAGAUCAGACAGCUAUUGAAGAAUUUGUAAUCCAUGCAUUGGCAUUUUGUGAAAGUUUAUAUGAUCCGUAUCGGAACUGGAGACAUAGAAUUUCGGGACGAAUCCUUAGUACUGUGGAAAGGAGCAGACAGAAAUACAAGCCAGCUUCUCUCACAGUGGAGUUCGUACCUUUCUUCUAUCAAUGUUUUCAGGAAAGUGAACAUCUCAAGGAAAGUCUUAAAUGCUGCUUAUUACAUCUUUUUGGAGCCAUUGUAGCCGGUGGGCAGAAGAAUGCUUUGCAAGCGAUUUCUCCAGCCACCAUGGAAGUCCUUAUGCGAGUUUUGGCCGAUUGUGAUUCUUGGGAGGAUGGAGGUCCAGAAGAAGUAGGUAGGAAGGUGGAACUAACUUUGAAAUGCCUUACCGAAGUGGUGCAUAUCCUUCUGACUAGCAGCUCUGACCAGCGUCAAGUGGAAACCAGCACUAUUUUGGAGAACUAUUUUAAAUUGCUAAAUUCAGAUCAUUCAGCUUUACCUAAUCAGAGGAGGUCCAGGCAUUGGGAGAGUCGAUUCAUAGCUCUACAGAUCAAGAUGCUGAAUACUGUCACAGCCAUGUUAGAUUGCACAGAUAGGCCUGUUCUUCAGGCCAUUUUUCUUAACAGUAAUUGCUUUGAACAUCUCAUACGACUACUACAGAACUGCAAGGUGUUUCAGGAACAGUUGGAUCGUUUGGCUGUAUCAACCAUUCAGGCUUUGACCGCAGUGAUGAACAAAUCUCCAGCUGCUAAGGAAGUUUUUAAAGAAAGAAUUGGUUAUAUACAUAUGUUUGAAGUAUUAAAAUCCCUGGGUCAGCCACCAUUGGAACUACUAAAAGAACUUAUGAACAUGGCUGUAGAGGGUGACCAUACUUCAGUUGGAAUUUUGGGCAUUAGUAAUGUCCAACCUCUCUUGCUUCUUAUCCAGUGGCUUCCAGAGCUAGAUUCCCAUGACCUGCAAAUCUUCAUCUCUGAUUGGUUGAAAAGAAUUUGUUGUAUUAAUAGGCAGAGUCGAACUACUUGUGUCAACGCAAACAUGGGAAGUCGAAUCAUUGAAGCCCUUGAUUACCACUCUUCCCUCCAUCGAGCUUGUGCUGAGAACUUGAUUGCGCUCCUUGGUUCCUUAGGGAGUCAGUCAGUGAGCUCAGAAGAAAUUCAUCGAUUAUUAAGAUUGCUAAGAGUGGAUGAAUCUCAGUGCAUUCACCCAUACACCAUUCCUGUGACUCAAGCAAUUCUGACAAUGGCCCGGAAACAAAGUCUUGAGAGUGCCCUGCAGUAUUUUAAUUUGUCACAUAGUAUGGCAGGAAUUUCUGUGCCCUCCAUACAGAAAUGGCCAGGGACUGCCUUUUCCUUCAAUGCAUGGUUUUGCUUAGAUCAAGAUCAGUUGACUGUUGGCAUUGCCAACAAAGGAGGAAAAAGAAAACAAUUGUACAGCUUUUUUACAGGAAGCGGCAUAGGUUUUGAAGCUUUCAUUACCCAUUUGGGUAUGUUGGUUGUGGCAGUGUGCACCAAAAGAGAAUAUGCAACAGUUAUGCUUCCUGACCACAGUUUCUGUGAUUCCCUUUGGCACAACAUAACCAUUGUUCAUAUGCCUGGAAAAAGACCCUUUGGGCAGAGCCUUGUUUAUAUCUACGACAAUGGACAGCAGAAGGUCUCUGCCCCUCUCAGAUUUCCUGCCAUGAAUGAACCUUUUACUUCCUGUUGCAUUGGGUCUGCUGGACAAAGAACCACAACUCCCCCGCCAUCUCAAAUCCCAGAUCCACCAUUUUCUUCUCCCAUCAUCCCACAUCGGACUUCAUUUGGUGGGAUCCUUUCAUCAGCCUCCUGGGGAGGAACAAGUGAAAAAUCAAAAUCAGUUACUAAAUUGAUAUCAGCUGGAACCCAAGACAGUGAAUGGGGAUGUCCCACAUCUUUGGAAGGUCAGCUAGGGUCUGUUAUCAUUUUUUAUGAAGCACUACAACCUACUCACGUGAAAACACUAUAUUUGGCAGGUCCAAACUGUUUAAGCCCUUGGAAAUGCCAAGAGUCUGAUGUGGCUGACCUGCCUGGUAAUGUCCUCCUUCACUACACACCAAAGUGUAGAAUUCUUCAGAGAGAGUCAAGACUAGAGAGAAAUUUAGUUGCAACAUUUAUUUUGAUUGUGAAGCACUUUAUUCAAAGACAUCCUAUCAACCAAGACAAUCUUAUUCACUCCCAUGGAGUCGCGACUCUCGGUACCCUACUUCAGAAGGUGCCAACUACCUUGAUGGAUGUGAAUGUAUUGAUGGCAAUCCAAAUAUUAAUUGAGCAGGUGUCUUUAGAGAAGAAUAUGCAGCUCUUGCAACAUAUGUAUCAGUAUUUACUCUUUGACUUUCGUAUUUGGAACCGUGGAGAUUUUCCUUUACGAAUUGGUCAUAUACAAUAUCUUUCCACCAUCAUCAAAGACAGCAGGAGAGUUUUUCGAAAGAAAUAUGGCGUUCAGUUUCUCCUCGAUACACUUAGGAUUUAUUAUGGGAGUGGUUGUAAAUAUAAUGAACUGUCUGUAGAUGAUAUUCGAACUAUAAGAACAUCUUUGUAUGGAUUAAUUAAAUAUUUUCUGAGCAAAGGUGGAACUCAUGAAGAGAUACAAAGUAUUAUGGGUUACAUAGCUGCUACCAAUGAAGAAGAACAGCUCUUUGGAAUUUUGGAUGUACUCUUCAGUCUCCUACGUACCAGCCCAACUAGAGGUCAACUUUUCUUACUGCUGUUUGAACCAGGAAAUGCUGAUAUACUUUAUGCCUUGCUUUUGAAUCAGAAGUACUCUGAUAGACUAAGAGAAAUCAUUUUUAAGGUUAUAGAACAAAUGUUGAAAUGCACGAAUGUUUAUGAAAGAAGUAAACAGCGUAUUCGACUCAGAGAAGUUGGCUACUCAGGAUUGGGACUCCUUCUCAGUGAAGCACCCAUUAAUACUUCUCUCAUUAAAAACCUCACCAAUCAGAUUGUAAAUACAGAUCCUGUUAUUAAUUUCAAAGAUCUGCUUUCUGUGGUAUAUAUAUCUCACAGAGCAUGCAUAAAUGUCAGAGUGGUCAUCUGCAGAAAGAUUUUGCAAAUUUUGCAGUCCCAGCCAGAUGCAGCAUAUCAUAUAUCACAGCAAGUGGGUUGGCAAGACACCUUAGUUAGACUUUUUUUAAAAGCCAGUUUUGGAAAUGGAAAUACUCUUAAUAGAAUGAAAGACAAUGACAAAAAUAUUUCAGCUGAAGACAUCAAGAGGAAUUUUGAUGAAAAGACAGAUGAGGAAAAAAUUAACACUUUUUCAUCAACUAAUGUGUCUUCAGACCAGUGGAGUUUGGAGGAUAGACACUCCCUUGACUCAAACACACAAUUAUUUCUUGAAGAUAGCUCUGUAGGAGAAAUAUCUUUCAAAUCAGAGACUCAAGAAGACUUCUGGCGUAAUACCACUUCACAUUUGAGUUUAGAUCUGAGUGGAAUUGACUCAUGUGAACUGAGUGAGAGUGGAAGUCAGAUGCCAGACAGCCUGCCUAGCACACCAUCCCCAAUAGAGUCAACGAAAUCAUUUUCUGUGCAGUCUGACAAAGAAAGUAGCAACACAAAUGAUACAGGCUUUAGUGAUGACUUCUCCUUAUUUGAGAGCCAAGAGAGAUGUGAGGAGGAGCUUAUUCAAUUACUGACAAAUAUUUUGAAUUAUGUAAUGUGUAAGGGACUAGAAAAGUCUGACGAUGAUACUUGGAUUGAACGGGGGCAAGUGUUUUCUGCACUGACCAAACCAGGAAUAUCCAGUGAGCUACUUCAGCCUUCACAUGAAAUAAAAUUUAUUUUGUUACAGAAGAUGUUAGAAUGGGCAGUCACAGAAAACAGAGAAGUAAAAACGAAUCCAGGAACUGCUGAAAAUGCCUUCCGACUCAUUCUGAUCAUACAGGACUUUCUGCAGUCAGAGGGACUAGUUAAUUCAAACAUGUGGACUGAAAAGCUUUUAGAGGAUAUAAUGCUGCUCUUCGACUGUCUGUCUGUGUGGUAUUCUGAAAGUCCUGAAUGGGUAAAACUCUCUCAAAUUCAGAUCCAGUUGCUUCUAGGAUUCAUUGGAAAGGGUAAUUUGCAGGUUUGUGCAAUGGCAUCAGCAAAGCUAAAUACACUCCUUCAGACCAAAGUGAUUGAAAAUCAGAAUGAGGCAUGUUAUAUUUUAGGGAAGCUGGAAAGUGUUCUAACUCAGUCAAUCAAAGAUCAGACUGAAAUCUACUCAUUUCUGAUUCCCCUUGUUCGUACCCUGGUUUCCAAAAUUUAUGAGCUUCUCUUCAUGAACCUGCAUCUACCUUCUUUGCCUCUUACCAGUGGUAGCUCUUCAUUUUUUGAAGACUUUCAAGAAUAUUGCAGUUCAAAUGAAUGGCAAGUUUACAUAGAAAAAUAUAUUGUACCUUAUAUGAAGCAGUAUGAAAUCCAUACAUUUUAUGAUGGUCAUGAGAACAUGGCACUUUAUUGGAAAGAUUGUUAUGAAGCCUUAAUGGUGAAUAUGCAUAAACGAGAUCGUGAAGGAGGGGAAAGCAAACUGAAAUUCCAGGAUUCCUUUGUGGGACCAUUUAAUCGAAAAGCCCGCCAAGAGAGCAUGAGGUAUAAUAAUAUGCUUAAACAACUUAGUAGUCAACAGUUAGCCACUCUGAGAUGCUGGAAGUCUAUACAGCUGUAUCUGACAUGUGAAAGGGGACCUUGGGCUGAAAGGAAGCAGAAUCCAAUUCACUGGAAACUAGCGAAUGUAGAAAAUUACUCCCGCAUGAGACUUAAAUUGGUGCCGAAUUAUAACUUCAAAACCCAUGAGGAAGCUAGUGCCUUGAGAGAUAAUCUAGGUAUCCAGCACUCACAGCCUUCCAGUGACUCAUUGCUUUUGGAAGUCGUGAAACAAGUGAAAGUUAAUGAUAUGGAGGAAGAUAAAUUAGACCUUCCUGAGGAUGACAUUACAGCCAGAGUGAAUAUUGACGAGCAAGAAGAACAAGAUCAAAAAGAAAAAUUGGUGUUGAUAGAAGACUGUGAACUUAUUACAAUAAUUGAUGUAAUUCCUGGCAGAUUAGAAAUCACUACUCAACACAUUUACUUCUAUGAUGGCAGCAUUGAAAAAGAAGAUGGAAUAGGUUUUGAUUUCAAGUGGCCUCACUCACAAGUUCGAGAGAUCCACCUGCGGCGUUACAAUUUAAGGAGGUCAGCCCUUGAGAUUUUUCAUGUCGACCAAUCCAACUACUUUCUCAAUUUCAAAAAAGAGGUUAGAAACAGAGUCUAUAGCAGACUGUUGUCACUUCAUUCUCCAAACAGUUAUGGCACCAGAUCACCACAGGAGGUCUUCAAAGCCUCAGGAUUGACUCAGAAAUGGGUGAACAGAGAGAUAUCAAAUUUUGACUACCUCAUUCAUAUAAAUACAGUGGCUGGAAGGACCUAUAAUGACCUUGCACAGUAUCCAGUGUUUCCCUGGAUUUUACAAGACUAUACUUCAGAAGAUUUGGACCUUAAUAAUCCCACAGUAUUUCGAGAUCUUUCCAAACCUAUUGGAGUUGUUAAUGAUAAAAAUGCCAAAGCCAUGCGAGAAAAAUAUGAAAACUUUGAGGACCCACUAGGAACUAUUGAUAAAUUUCAUUAUGGUACUCAUUAUUCCAACUCUGCUGGAGUCAUGCACUAUCUUCUUCGUGUAGAACCGUUCACCGGCCUUCACAUCCAGCUUCAGAGUGGAAGGUUUGACUGCGCAGACCGGCAGUUCCAUUCCAUUCCUGCCACCUGGCAGGCUCUCAUGGAUAACCCUUAUGAUGUGAAGGAGCUUAUUCCUGAAUUCUUCUACUUCCCAGAGUUUUUGGAAAAUCAAAAUCAAUUUAAUUUGGGUUGUCUACAAGUUUCCAAAGAACUAGUUAAUGAUGUCAUUCUCCCCAAAUGGGCUAAUUCAGCUGAAGAUUUCAUCUAUAAACAUAGGCGAGCUCUGGAGUCUGAGUAUGUUUCUGCUCAUCUUCAUGAAUGGAUAGAUUUGAUUUUUGGCUAUAAACAGAGGGGGCCAGCUGCAGUAGAAGCACUAAAUGUUUUCUAUUACUGUAGUUAUGAAGGAGCUGUGGAUCUGGAUGCUUUAACAGAUGAGAAAGAAAGAAAAGCCUUAGAAGGGAUGAUUAAUAAUUUCGGGCAAACACCUUGUCAACUGUUAAAGGAACCACACCCUCCUAGAUUAUCAGCAGAAGAAGCAGUGCAGAAGCAUACCAGAACAGACACUUCAACCCUAAACCUAUUUCAACAUCUCCCUGAACUGAAGUCGUUUUUUGUAGAGGGAAUUAGUGAUGGUAUUCCACUAAUAAAGGCCAUUGUUCCCAAAAAUCAGUCUCGUUCUUUUAUGUCUCAAGGCAGCCCUGAGUUACUGGUAACAGUAAGCAUGAAUAACAUUAUUGGAACACAUGGAUGGCUGCCUUAUGACAGAACCAUUUCUAAUUACUUUACAUUCAUCAAAGAUCAAACUGUAACAAAUCCAAAAACUCAGCGUAGCAUGAAUGGUCCUUUUGCUCCAGGACUGGAGGUCACUUCUAAGCUGUUUGUAGUAUCACAUGAUGCAAAGUUGCUCUUCAGUGCUGGACACUGGGAUAAUAGUAUUCAAGUGAUGUCACUCACAAAAGGCAAAAUUAUCUCUCACAAUAUCAGACAUAUGGAUAUUGUGACUUGCUUAGGUACAGAUUACUGUGGAAUACAUUUGAUUUCUGGUUCCAGAGACACUACAUGUAUGAUAUGGCAAAUAACACAACAGGGAGGAACCCCUGUGGGUUUAGCAUCUAAACCCUUUCAGAUUCUGUAUGGACACACCAAUGAGGUAUUGAGUGUCGCCAUCAGCACUGAACUCGACAUGGCAGUGUCAGGAUCAAGGGAUGGCACUGUGAUUAUACAUACCAUUCAGAAAGGUCAAUACAUGCGGACUCUACGACCACCCUGUGAGAGUUCUCUGCUUCUGACCAUUCCCAAUUUGGCUAUCUCUUGGGAGGGACAUAUUGUCAUUUACUCCAGCAUUGAAGAAAAGACCACCUUCAAGGAUAAGAAUAUAUUACAUCUGUUUUCUAUAAAUGGAAAGUACUUACGGUCUCAAAUUCUGAAAGAGCAAGUAUCAGAUAUAUGUAUAAUUGGAGAACAUAUUAUCACAGGCAGUUUACAAGGGUUCCUGUCCAUAAGAGAUCUUUACAGUUUGAAUCUUAGCAUCAAACCAUUAGCCAUGCGAUUGCCAAUCCACUGUGUUUGUGUAACCAAAGAAUACAGCCAUAUUCUUGUAGGAUUAGAAGAUGGAAAAUUGAUUGUAGUGGGUGUUGGCAAGCCUGCUGAGAUGCGUUCAGGUCAGCUUUCUCGAAAGUUGUGGGGAUCUAGCAAGCGGCUCAGCCAGAUUUCAGCUGGAGAAACUGAAUAUAAUACUCAAGAUGCCAAGUGA